UUUUGGAAAUCCGUCUAGAAAGGACGCGUGGUAUCUUCAUGGAAAAUGGGCUUCACUAAAAGCUACCUCGUAAAGCUACUGCUUUACAUCGCCAUAAUCAACGCGAUUUAUCUUCCCACGGUAAUAUGUCAAGAUGAAGAAGACAACAACCAAUGCAUACCGAAAAAGGUUUUCAUCGCACUUUUGCGUCUUCCAGAAGCAAGCUCGAAUUUAGCAGCAUAUUCGAGAACUGCUCGGAUUAUUCAGGAUGCAAAGAAUCAUAAUGACAUGGCACACUUAAAGGCACUCAGUACCGAGGAAAAUGAUGAUUCGGAAAUUUGUAUACCUGGUAGUCUUUAUUUGGAACUCUUUAGAGAUCCAGCAAUGAGAGCUCAUUUGAUGUCGAUUGGUAAAUCAUCCAAAUUACCGGAAUAUCCGUUUGGUCAUUCGUUUGAGGAAAACAUCGAAGAAGUUGAACCAUUAGCCGAUACGGAAAAAAGAAGUCUCGCGACCUUGGCAAAGAACGGUGAUCUUCCGGUUUCUAUUCAGGAACGUAAAGAAGAAAGCAAUAAUAAUGAUGACGAAGAAAAAAGAAGUUACGCAUCGAGGUUUGGUACUUUGACCGAUGAGAAAUUGGCAACGUUAUUGCAACAUAUAACAGAAGAUUACGGAAAAAACAUACUCGAGAUUAUUCGUCAGUAUACACUUCCCAAUGGUGAAUUGGAUGUCGAAGCUUUGAUACGUCAUUAUCCUUCUGAGAAGAGAAACGUAGGCUCGUUGGCACGAGACUUUGCUUUACCACCCACAGCUGGUAGAAGAAACAUUGCUUCAUUGGCACGUGAUCGUUCGUCGUUAGCUUCGAGCGGCAAGAGAAAUAUCGGUGCCCUUGCAAGGGAUCGAGCAUUACCUCCAAUGGCAGGAAAAAGGAAUGUUGCUGCGUUAGCUAGAACCUAUAUGUUACCACAGUCAGGUAAAAGAGAUUAUUUGUCCGAAGAGAUGUCACCGAUCGAGAGAAGGUAUUUGGGUUCUUUGGCUCGAUCAGAUGGAUUACCAGCUUUUCGUGGUUCUUACGAUGAAGAUAAAAGAAAUGUUGCAUCAUUGGCCAAAAAUGGUGACUGGCCUGAAUACGUUAAACGAGCUUAUGCCAUUCCCCCAUACGGUAUGAUCGUUCGUACAAUGAACCGUCAUGGACGAUCAUUGAAGGAAAAACCUCUAGAUCUUUAUCAAUUAACUCGCGAAAGACACGAUGAUGGAAACUCUGGAUCCUUGGUUGACGAUAGAUUGGAUUUUUUGAUGCGAGACUCAGACGAUAGGAGAACGAAAAGACAAAUUGAUUUUUCCGACGAAUAUCCUUUACCCGUCAUGCAGAAUUCGAAUGUUCUUGAUUACGAGGAAAUGAUCGAGGCCCUGACCGGACAGUAUCCAAACACGGAAAAAAGAUUCAUGGGAGCGGAAUCGGCUGGGUUGGAGUUGCCGACGGACACCUCGAUUCCCGUUGGAUAUCUCGAGACAUUUCAACCAAGUAAGAGACAUAUAGGGUCUCUGGCUCGGCAAGGUUUGCUACCAUCGAUAAGGGCGGCACGAUUCUCGCGAUCACCCAGAUAUCUGGUCGACAGGGAGAAUUCCGCAGAUGGGCCCACGUCAAACUACUCCUCCAACCCGACGACUUGGUCGUUAAGGCCCAUUUAUGGUUCUGGCCCUCCCAGAAUACGCUUUCUCCAGUCAUUGUGCAGGUAUUGUCACCAUGGCUUCCGAAGAUACCGUUCUAUUACCGACGAACGAUAAUUUUCUUCAUCACCAACUGUGUAAAUUGUUUAAAUCGUGCAAGUAGCGAUGGGUAUGAACAUAUUUCUUACGUUUUUAAUAUUUUUAAUCCUUUUUUGAAGAAUUAUAGCUUUCUUAACAGCUUUUUAUUUUUGAUUGAUAAAUUAUUCAAGAUCAAGAUAGAGAAAGAGAAGUUAAUUUAAAUUUGUUAAACAAUAGAUAUGUAUAUGUAAAUGUAAAAUUGAAAACAUGUAAAAGACUGAAUCGACAGACCCAUCGCUAAAUGCAAAAUUCGUAAUUACUGGCAUCAUUAUCAUCGAUGAUUAAAUUAUCGUCGUAUAAACGUCACACGACGGAAUCAUACGUAAAUUUACGAAAUAUCGAAAAUAACGACGAGAAAGAAAGAAAGAAAGAACAAUUACCCCCUUCCAUCGUUGUUAAUAUUUUGUAAACCUACAAUUUAGAGCUUGGUUUUUUUUAAUCCAUAUAUUAUACAGUAUUCCUUAAAGUUCCAUCGAAAUUCUGAAAGCUUUUCAAUUCAACUUCUACAUAUUUAUUUGCAAUAGACGAUUUAUUUUUUGAAGAAUCGAAUUUUUCUUAGAUCGAAAAGAAACGAAUUUCUCGUCGUCAUCGUCGUUGUCGUUGUAGUUGUCUUUGUUGUUGUCUAAUCAUCUAAUAAAUUAAAUGAAACGAAUGUAAUUUUCGUCGUGAGAGAUACCUACGCGUUCAUUGACAAUAAUAACAUUGACAAUAAUUUUCUUCUGGAUACUUAUACUACUUAUACGAUUAAGAUUAAAUUAUUCAAACGAUAAAAAUAUCUAAAAAAAAAAAAAAAAAAUGAUUACAAUCGUUCGUCGUUCAUAAGACAAUAAAUAUAUCGUUCGAUGAUUAUUAUUAUUACCUAUGCUUAUAUACCUUUCUAUCUUCAAAUUAAUUAAUUUGCUGCGUUUAACAGAUAAAAAAAAAGGAAAAGAACUAGCUUCAAUCGUUUUCGUUAAUAUAAGGUAAAAUAAUCUAUUAAAUAUUUUUAUUUAUAAACUUUUUUAAAAAUCGAUCAUAUCGUCCUCCUACGAUAGAACGGAUUACGAAGUCUAAACGCAAUUUCCUUGCACGUAGUAAUCUUUCACAGUAUUAUAAAAAAAAAAAAAAAAA